GCUGGCUUCAUGAAUCAUAAUAAGACCAGAGUUUGAUAGAUCUCAGCAGUUAUAACUAGUUGUUACUUACAGGUAGUGACAGAAUAAGAACAGGAAAAUCUUUUGAAGGCAUUGGAAGUUAUUUUACGGGAAUAAACCAGUACAGAUUGAGCCACUUUUGGAUAGGUAACUGCAUUAAAAAGAUAUUUGAAGACGAGUGAUACCAUUGUGAGUAGGUGGGACUGAGCAAGGUAUCUGCCAUGGUGUUUUUACGAGUGCGGGUCUUACAGGUGGACAGUAAGGAGAUUGAGCUGCCAGGUUCGGUCCUCUUUGAUCCCUUUGUGGCCGUCAAUGUCAAGGAAUCGGUCAAAGAUGCAAAUGGACAGACACAGUUGAGGCAGAAGAGGAAGACGGCCUUUGUAGAAUGGAAUAAGUGUUUUGAUUCUCAUCUUUACGAUGGCCGUGUCAUCCAGGUCAUUGUUUAUAACAGGCCAGAGUCCUACCUGGCGGAGGCGAACUACAAAGUCAACGAGCUGGCUGCUAUGUGUGGCAUGGACGGCAGGAUUGAAACAAAAUGGCUGGAUCUCAUGCCGUACGGUCGUCUGCAAGUCCAGCUUCGUUGUUUCCCAGAGGAAGGAGGAGGAGGGGAUCCUAUGAACAGCGUUAGGAGCACCGUUUCACACCACAAUUCUGACAUGGAUAAGAAAGAUGACACAACAGGGCUGCUGACCAAGCGACGUGUAGCCAUCAGGAAGGCCAAAGUUCACGAGCAUCGGGGUCAUAAGUUCACCCCACACUACUUCCGCACUCCAGCUUACUGCAGCUACUGCAAUGAAUUUAUUUGGGGUCUCGUUGGUACACAAGGAUACAGAUGCAUGGAAUGCGAGCUGUCUGUUCAUAAACGCUGCUUUAACCAAGUGCUUGGGAAAUGCCCCGGCACUGGGGUCAAUUCAACAGAGACCAAGAAACUGAAAGAGAGGUUCAACAUCAACAUGCCCCAUAGAUUUAAAGUCAACAACUAUAAGAGUCCUACAUUCUGUGACCAUUGCGGUACUAUGCUCUACGGUCUGUUCAGACAAGGCGUCAAGUGUGAAGUGUGUAAUGUAAAUGUUCACCACAAGUGCAAGAACAAUGUCCCUAACCUGUGCGGAGUCAACCAGAGACUUCUUUCCGAGGCUCUCUCCAGUAUCGAGAUUACAAAGUCUAUGAAAGAUAAGAAGUUACCGCCCGGAGCAGGCAAUGGCAAACAUGGAUACGUACCUGAUGAUGAUGAAGAUCUAGAUGAAGCUGUGUAUGAGCCUCUCUGGACUACGGAUGGGGGACCCCCUGACAGACCCGUAGCGGUACAGAAAUACAGCAUUGAUGACUUCAUGCUACAAAAAGUACUAGGAAAAGGCAGCUUUGGCAAAGUUAUGUUAGCUGAGCAGAAAGGAACCAAAAAGUACUUUGCUAUUAAGGCUCUUAAGAAGGAGGUCGUACUGGAGGACGAUGACAUCGAGUGCACCAUGGUUGAGAGACACGUUCUAGGGCUGGCCUGGGCCCAUCCAUUCCUUACUCAUCUAUACUGCACCUUCCAGAGCAAGGAGCAUUUGUUCUUUGUGAUGGAGUACUUGAAUGGUGGUGAUCUCAUGUUCCAUAUACAGUCCUCACUACGCUUUGAAGAAAAGAGAGCUAGGUUCUAUGCAGCUGAGAUCAUCUGUGGCCUGCAGUUCCUUCACAAGAGGGGUAUCAUCUACCGAGACUUGAAGCUGGAUAACGUCCUACUGGACCGGGAUGGCCACAUCAAGAUCGCUGACUUUGGUAUGUGCAAGCAGAACAUCACAGGAGAAACAAAGGCCAGUACUUUCUGUGGAACGCCCGAUUACAUUGCCCCAGAGAUUCUGAAGGGCCAGAAGUAUGCUGCCUCUGUUGACUGGUGGUCAUUUGGUGUCCUGCUGUAUGAAAUGUUGAUUGGUCAAUCCCCAUUCCACGGUGAAGAUGAAGAUCAAUUGUUUGAUUGUAUCCUCCACGAUGCUCCUCAUUUUCCAAGAUGGCUGACCAAAGAUGCACAUAGCUGCUUAAUACAGUUGUUGGAACGCACUCCUGAGGUCCGACUUGGAGUCAAGGGUGAUGUUCGAGCACAUCAGUUCUUCAAAUCCAUUGACUUUGAGAAGCUAGAAAGGAGAGAACUUCCACCACCAUUCAAGCCCAAAAUUAAAAGCGAUGGUGACGCCAGCAACUUUGACCCCGAGUUCACCAUGGAGAAAGUGGCCCUCUCCCCUACAGACACCUCCAUGCUCAGCUCCAUCAAUCAACGUCAAUUCCGUGGUUUCUCCUUCACCAACCCCACCAUGGCAGAGAAAUAGACGCUAGAGAGUCGGAGAACCGCUUUCUCCAAAGACAGAACCCCCUCCUUAUAACCCUGUGUUGGAUUACCAGGCUUCGUGUUGAGAAAGUAACCUGUGGCGAGCAGAAAGCCAUCGUGAGAGCUGAUACCAUCUUAGACUUGUCAACUGAGAGAGCAACAAAUGGCCAACAUGAUAUUUGAGUAUCAACAACUAUCCCCUUCCCCACACCCUCCCCGCCCCCCUCUUCAAACUUGGAGGGACACCCUAGUUUCACUCUUUGAGCACUACUAGUUCUUUUCUGUUUGUAUACUGCCGCCGUCAUUGGCAUUCUUAGGGUUUUGGUGACCCUGUCUUCUCCGUUCCUACACUCACUCAUCAGCUCCAGGCUGCCUCAUGCGUUCAUCAUCGUCAUCCUCAUCAUCCUCAUCAUCAUCAUCCUAAUCAUCAUCAUCCUCAUCAUCAUCAUCCUCAUCCUCAUCAUCAUCAUUAUCAUCAUCACCAUCAUCAUCACUAUCCCGAGAGUGAUACGAAGCUGAUGAAGCUAGAUGUACAUUAUACUUUCUGAGUGGUAGGUUUCUACAUAUUGGGAUGAUGAAGAUUAAUCCCAGGAUUGUCCAUGAUGUACCCUCAAAGGGAACGAAUUAUACAUGGAAGUUAAGCGGUAUCCAAGAGUGGUUGAUGGUCAAUUGAUACAUGUGUACGGUGCAUAUCAACUGCAGAUUUUCUACUUAAUAAGUAGGUAUAGUAUAAGUAUACUUUUAUAGAAAUAAUAGGCUGUAAGAAGAGAAAUAGUAUCAAAAUCACAAAGGAUUUUGAUCUGUUCUGUGUGUGUUUCAAGGGGCUCUGGUUCCUCUGUACUGUCACAUUGUUUUUGCUAUUAAUUUUGUUGUAUGAUGAUGUGGUGGUGCAGGGGUUAAUAUUGAAAUCAACUCUUGUCGAAUGAUUAUCUUUGUAAAUUUGCAGAAUUCAUAGAAAUUCCAUGUUUAGAACACAUCCACUUGAGAAAUGUUGACCUCUUGAAGGAAUCUGAUGCUACUACUCUAAUACCUCAUCUUAUCUUCUUUUCUAUGUAUUUUUUUUUCUUUAGUUAGGUAUUAGGUAGUAGGAUAGGUAUUUGCAAUUGAUUUUUUGCAAAUUUUGAUCAAAUUAGAGUGGGAGUAUCUGAUGAAGGCAAUGAUCAAAUAACAAAUUCUCAAAUGUUGCUUUUGUUACAAUGAUAUUACCUCUUCAAAAUAAUGAAUCCACAUCAUCUUUGCAAUCACCCAAGCCAUUUUAACACUUUAAUUUUUGAAAUCUGUUUGAUAAGUGAUUAGAAUCACUUGAAUAAUUUGAUGCCAUUAGAUCAAUCAUUCAUUCAGUGAGCCUGGUGUUCAAGAAUAUUUCUAUAAAAUCAAGAAAAUAUAGUUAAUAUAAUUGAAAUGAGAUGGAAUAAUAUAUCUGGUUGUCAAAGAAAAUUUACAAUUUUUUUUUCUCUUUGAAAUGCAAUUCAGAACUGCAUGUUUUGUACUGGUUGUUUUCAGUUUUACGUAUACCAACAAAUAAUACUCAUGCUGAAUGUGUUGUGCCUUUCAAACUAUUUAGUUAAUUCUAAAACAAAUGAUUAAACAUUCCUUGUGAUGUACAGUAUACAUUUCUUUCACUCAUUCCUUGGAUAAAGGGUGGAUUUGAAUAUAUUUUUUGUUGUUGUGAAAUGUCAUGUACAUGUAGAUCAUGUUGGAGAGAGCCUGCCUCAUUAUUUGUUAAUGUUUCUGUUUUUUUACUUUACAAACUUCACCUAUCUUUUAUUUUGUGUGUACAUUAUUUAAUAUUUCAUUAUUAGCUCAUACUGAUAUGUAUGUGAUAUUUAUGAUGAGUCAUGGCUUUCAGCUUGGGUCAAAAUGAAUUCCAAAAGAAUUAUGAAAUCAUGCCAUAUGCACUAUACAUAAUUUGACAAUGUUGUGGUAGGAGUAAUUUCCUUUCUUUUAUAAGAUAUGUAAUGCAUGAUUACAAAAUACCAAAUUGCGCAUUUGAACAUAUGAAAUUAUUUUUGAAUACAAAGCUCAUUAUCUACUCUUGAGUAGAAGAACGAGGUCAAGUUAUAUAUGUAUUUCAGUUAUUUAUUUUGUGGCAUUGGAAGUUUAGCUUUACUUUUUUUUUGGGGGGGGGGGGGGUUAAACAAAUUCAGUUGGAAAAAAAAUAUGGGUUAAAGAUGAAGGAAAUUAAAGACCUUGGCUAUGUCUUGAUACGAUAUAAACUACUCAAUGAUGCCUUUGAAUAAUGGUGAAAAUUUUGUGUCCUUUCUUCUUACAAGACUUUUUCAAAACUUUUCCAUGGAAUCAUGCCUUCUUUAGGCAUAACUUGAUAUUAUAUGUCAUAUUCUUUCUUUUUCAUACAUUUUCAGAGGAAUGUGCCUAUCAUUCUGUGUCUUUGUUUUUUUAUAUUUACAACCAUCUUUCACAUUCAUUCUCUAUAAAAAAUUAAAAAUUUGAUUUAGUGACUAAUACCUCUCUUGAAAAUAGUAAGUUAAUUGAAGUGUCUUUUUUUAUCUUAUACUUAGUCAUAUGUCAUACUUUGCCAUUCACGUUAUGUUGAUGCUGUAAUCCAUUCUACUUAUAUUUACCUUGUAUAACCCAAGUAUUAUGUUAUUGCUAACCUAUUUGGAUUAUACAAUUAACAGUAGAUAAACUUCUGGAUUAAAAAUGCCAAGGAAGUUUUGGAGAUUACCAGUAGUCCAACCUGUAUAGUUCAGCCAAGAGUGCUUCAUUUCUACAUCAUCUCCAUAUGUAGAUAUCACCACUUUCCAAUUCUUAUGAAACGAGUAAGCAGUACGAUAACAUUCGAUUUAAGAACAUUUUUUUGUAGUUCAUACGAUUAUGAAUUUUAUAGUUUUGUAACUAAUGCAAAUCCUUGGAUGACUAUUAAAAUUAACAUUAAAAAAAUGAUAUGAAAAUAUGUUUGAUUGUUUAAGAUGAUAAAAAGUGUUAACUUGUGGAAUCAAUUUUGUAGGAAAAAUAUGAAAAGCAAAACGUAGCAUUGUAUAUUUUUGUACAUGUAUAUUGUCAUGGUGAUUUAAAGCAGUUUGUGUGCUUGAGCGCUGUGUGUAGUUUGUUAUAGUUCAUUGACAUUUUGUAUAGGUAACAAAGUAUUAUACAUGAAUUUAGGUCAAAUAAAAAGAGGAUGAUGUGAUGUUCAGAGCUGGUAUCUUUCGUUUGCAGUUUUUUUUCCAACUGCCUUGUGAGGUAAGAACUAUUUCUAGAUGCCUGCAAUAUGUCCUAUCAUAUUGUUACAGCAAUCAUUCUACAAAUCCUCCAGCUCAGUCUCAUGAAGACCGAGAUACAUCCUGGUUGUAUCUUGUAGCUAAAGAUGAUAGCAUUUAAUAGAUGGUGGGUCAUUUUAUGAGAUAUGCACAAGAUUGCAGCAUUGUAAGGCAUGCUGCAUUUUAUAGAACUACAGAGAGAGAGAGAGAGAGAGAGAGAGAGAGAUAGAAUAAUAUUUGUAUUUGUUCUUGUUCAUGCAAGUAUUGCAUCAGUCAUUUUUGAAUUAUGUGUCAGUUUUUUUUCUAGCCAUCUUCUUAAACUAAUCAUGAUAGUGAAAUUGAAAUGCACAAUGAAUAUGAUGCAAAAUAUUUGCAAAAUAAUCAAAAAAGAAAUUAUAUAUAUAUUUACUGUGUAAGUAUAUUUGAUGGUGACGUAUAUAUAAAUAUUAGUUUUAUAGCACAGAAAUGAAGUAUGAUGAGUAUUUGUACAAAAAUUAUGAAUAUUUGAUGUCUAUCUCAAUAAAUUAAAUCGUAUGUCAAAUGUGUAUUGUACAAAACCGAGUUGCAAUGAAGAUAUUUGCAGGAUGUAUCGUCAUAUUCUGCUCUCUUAAUAUUGAAAUGUGUGCAGUUAGUAUGUCAGAUAUGCCGUUGUUUCCCGAAAGAAAUCGAAAGAAUAAUCCCAAAGAAGAAAUGAAGCCAAGAAUUGCAUGAAAUAUAUCCCCGAAAGACAUGCAAACUAAUUUCCCUAGACUUUCAACUAUGAUGUUAUGUAAAUUUUACCAAAAUAUAAAUCAAUUACAAAGAAUUUGAACGUUGAGAAACGUGUGGAUAUCGCAUGUAGAUUGUGAAUCGUAUGCUAUGCAUUCCAUUCCCGAUAUCGUCCAAUCACUUAUAAUGAUACAUUUGUGCGUAAUUUUGAUGUGUCUGUGUAAUUGUUAGAAACAACGUAGAAUGGAAAAUAUUUAGGCAAUUUUUGAAAUCAUAUGAUAACCCUUAGAAUUCCCCAUGUAUAAACUUCAGGAUAGCAUUUUGAAAACUGUUUAUAUUUUCGUUUAUAUAGCGAGAGGUUUUAAUAAUGGAUUAUAAUUUUGUAUGGUGUUUGUGCGGAUGUCUCUGUGAAACAUACACUAAGGCAAACAUGUAUGCACAAACAUUAAAAUAACCACUCAUCAUAUUUUUCAAGAUUUUUGGGGGGACAAACUUCUCUGUUGUGAAAAGAAAAGGAAGGAUAGUUUUCUGAUUCUGUUAUAUUUUACCCUUUUAAUUGUACCAGUAGGUCUUUCAAUUUCGGUGAAGUUUAAAAAAAUGAUUUUUAAUCCUACCUCAUUGUCCAAUAUUUUAAUUCUAAUAGAUUGCACUUCCAAGUGAAACAUUGACGAGUUUCCUUAAUAUUUACAUUUUUUUUUCAAAUCAAGAGGACAUUACUGGCAAAAUUCCAUUACAAGCAGGGAAGUUUGAAUCUAUAGACGGCAGUUGCUUAAUCCUACCAUUCAUACAGCUACUGCACGUGCAUCCAUGUUUAAUAUCAAAUGACAAAUGAUAAAUAUAUCUUUUCCUGGUUUGCAGGAUCCGUCUCUAUUCUUUUUUGUUUGUUUGUUUGUAAAAUAAUCCUUUGGCUUUGAUAGCCGGAUAUGAAAUCUGAUUUUUGUCGCUCUAAACUACAUUUGGUGAGGAGAAAUGUAGAAUGUUAAUUGUUGGAAAUCCCCCCCCCCCUCCUGUAUAAGUAGCGGCAUUGCCAGCCAAUAAAUGUUCACAGUUCAAAUAAGUUCUAAGGGAUUGUUUGUUGUGCGUACGUGUAAGCAUGACUCGUCUUACUUUAAAAAAAUGUGGGGAAGAACCAGGAUGUUGGGUGCUGUGCACUACCUUGAGGUAUGUCUCUUUGUACCAUUGAUGUCGAUGUACAUAUGCAUGAUUCACAAUCCAAAAAUUGAAUCUAGAUCAUGUAGUGAUUCCUGCAAGGGAAUUAUCGUUCUAAAUGUUUUGUGAUGGUGAUAAUACAACUCUACUAAACUCUCAUGUCCCUUGUAUGCUAAUCAAACUUGAUAUCAAACACUGUACAAUGUCUACUUAAAAGAUUGUAUUGAAAAGGUGGCAUUAGAAAACUAGUUCACUAAUAGAUAUAUUUCACAUAGUAUAUAUAAUGUAUGUCAAAUUUUGUGAAAGAAAAUUGAAAUGCCAAUCUUUUGAAUCGCCUAAAAGUGAGAAGUAUGUUUUGAUCUAUCUUGGCAGUGUUGAUAUAUAUAUUUGCAACCAUGUACAGUAUUUUCGUAUGUAUUUAAGAUUGAAAAACUAUGUUAGGCAGUAUAUUGAAGUAGAACUAUAUCCAAGAGCACAUUCUUUCGUUUCUUCAGACAGGGAUAAUGGCUGUAUUAAAAGUGGAGAUGACAUACA